AUGGUCUUGAUUGUCAUGGUGGAGCCCUCAUUGUUCCCGCAGGACUUAGUUACCAUCAUGCAUCCCGUUGGUGCUUUCAAGCGCUGUAACCAAGCAACAGAUUGGGAUGACCAGGCUCUAGUGAAAAAGAUCUACAACCGCCUCAAAGACGAUGGGCUGCCAGUGUGGAUGGAUAUCGAAGGAGGGGUGACAGGGAACAUAAACGAUUCAAUGGCUGCAGGUGUGGAGGAGGCUGUAGUGAUUUGCCCGUUCAUGACUCCAGCUUACCAGGCGUCCCGCAGCUGCAAGAAAGAGCUAAACUAUGCAGACACCAGGGAGGUCAUCAUUGUGCCGGUCAUGUUGGCCAACGACUGGGAGGCCAGUGAGUGGCUGGGACUGAUCACUGCAGGUCUGCUGUGGGUGGACUUCAGAAACGCAGAAAAGGAGGAGGAGCACUUUGAGUUAUGCCUCAGGUCCCUGGAGGAGGAGAUCAUGCUUAACGCCGGUCACCUCCUGGCUGUGGAGGAAGAUCCAAGGGAGUCGGUGGAUCAGCCAGAACCGUCAAAGCCCUGCCUGAAGAGGAAACCGGGCCGAGGGUUUCGCCACGCUCUCUCAAAGCUCUACAUCCAGGACUCAGGUGAGUGGCCCACCGACCUGAGCGAUGACAGCACAGUGGAGCUCAACGACACUCCUGGGGAUCGUUGUUACUGGGAGGAGAUUAAGGGUAACGGCUGCAAAUACUACAGGAAUGUCGUCACCAACAGAUACCUGGGAUUUGACCCCAUUAUGAAGGGGGUCCGCUCUGAGGCCAGUCCGUCUGCGUCUGAAGAGUGGCUGCUGUUGGUGGAUCAGACGGACCAGAGCCCUCAGAGAGCCGUCAUCAUCAAGAACAAACACUCGGGGAGCUUCCUGGGAGUCCAAAAUGGCCACUUUAUCGGACUAGCGACGUACAACGAAGACUGCAAAUGGUUGUUAGAAUAA